GGUGGUGGUGGGUUUCGGAAGGACAGGGCCUGAUCGGGCCUCGCCGCAUCGCACGGCUCGGCUCGGCUGUCGGUGGAAAUGUAGAGAGCAAGAAGGAUUUCUCUGAAUAUUGAAUUAUGAGGCUCUCCUUUGUUGCACUCCCCACUUUUCCUGGAUUGCUGCUAACUUCUUAGAUUUAGACUCUCCCUUCUCAUCCAGCUGCUCCUGAAAACACACAUGGUGCAUUGUUGUCGUUCCCCAGAUCGUGUCUGUUCGCCAGAGCUGUUCGGUAACCUUCAGCAAGCAGAUCAGCGACCUCUAGGAUAAAUAUAAAGUAGUUUGUUUUCCAGACGUACUGCCCUUGUUUCUGCUGUGGCUGCACUGCAAACAUGGAGCCUUGCAUGGAGUAUUUCUUAGCACAAGUGCUGCAGAAAGACAUGGGACGUCGGGUGCAAAUUGCUCAGGAGCUGAUAGAAUACAUCACAGAUCGCCAGAAAUCCCAUGAUCUGGAACAGGACCAAUCUAUGCUUGAUCGAAUGGUUGAUGGCCUUGCUGCUGGUUGGGUAAACUCCAGUAACUUCAAGGUGGCUUUAUUUGGUAUAGAAAUUUUAUCAACUCUCAUUUCACGUCUUCAGGAUCACUUUAAAACGCAUAUUGGUACAGUUUUGCCAAGUCUAAUUGAUAGACUAGGGGACGCUAAAGAUCCAGUUCGAGAACAAGAUCAGAUCCUCCUGUUAAAAAUAAUGGAGCUAUCGGCUACUCCACAGUACGUCUGGGAACGAAUGUUAGGAGGAUUUAAACACAAGAAUUUCCGAACCAGGGAAGGGAUUUGCCUUUGCCUUAUUAGCACAUUAAAUGCUUAUGGAGCUCACAGUUUAACUCUAAGCAAAAUUGUACCGCAUAUCUGUAAUUUAUUAGGAGAUCCAAACAGUCAGGUUCGAGAUGCAGCAAUAAAUAGUUUAGUAGAAAUAUAUAAGCACGUAGGAGAGAGAGUCCGUGCAGAUCUUCAUAAAAAGGGGCUACCACAAUCAAGGUUGAAUGUAAUUUUUGCAAAAUUUGAUGAGGUUCAGAAAUCUGGAAAUAUGAUUCUGUCUUCAGCAGCUGAUAAGAAUUUUGAUGAAGAUGAUUCGGUGGAUGGAAAUAGGCCAUCUUCUGCUAGCUCCACAUCUUCAAAAGCUCCCAGUUCACGGCGUAUGGUUGGUACCAGUCGUAGACCAGGAUCGUCUGCAGUUGGCUUGAGGACUGGUACAGUCAAAGACGGUGCGGGUGCUGUCGAUGAAGAUGAUUUUAUCCGUGCGUUUGAGGAAGUUCCAACAGUGCAGAUUUUUUCCAACCGAGACCUCGAAGAAUCCAUCAACAAAAUUAGAGAAGUUUUAUCUGAUGAUAAGCAUGAUUGGGAACAGCGAGUAGCUGCUCUUAAAAAAAUUAGGUCUUUAAUGCUAAGUGGAGCGGCAGAAUAUGAAUGUUUCUUCCAAAAUCUGCGACUUUUAGAUGGAGCAUUUAAGUUAUCAGCAAAAGAUCUACGAUCUCAAGUUGUACGGGAAGCUUGUAUAACAUUGGGGCAUCUCUCAUCUGUUUUGGGAAACCGUUUUGAUCAUGGUGCGGAAGCUAUUAUGCCAACAUUGUUCAAUCUUGUACCUAAUAGUGCCAAAAUCAUAGCUACAUCUGGUAUAGCAGCUAUAAGAUUAAUUAUUCGACAUACACACUUCCAUCGAUUAAUACCUAUCAUUUCAAGCAAUUGUGCAUCGAAGUCUGUGGCAGUACGGAGGCGUUCAUUUGAAUUUUUGGAUCGGCUGCUUCUGGAAUGGCAAACACACUCACUAGAAAAACAUGUAACACUUUUGGCUGAAACAAUAAAGAAAGGGAUCCAUGACGCAGAUUCAGAAGCAAGACUGGAAGCUCGAAAAGUGUAUUGGGAUUUUCACAGUCACUUCAGUAGAGAGGCUGAAAUAUUGUUUAAUUCGUUGGAACCUGCCUACCAGAAACCUCUGCAGUCUCAUUUGAAAAACUCAGACAGCAUUGUUUCCUUACCACAAUCUGAUCGCUCGUCAUCCAGCUCACAAGAAAGCCUAAAUCGCCCCCUGUCUACAAAACGCAGUCCUACUGGAAGCACUGUAUCACGAGCUUCAACAGUCAAUGUGAAGCCUGUGUCUAACACUGGAUCCCUGCAACGUUCUCGCAGUGAUAUUGACGUGAAUGCAGCUGCUAAUGCCAAGUCGCGCUUGACUGCCACUCCCAGUAAUACACCUGGACACUUCAGCUCAGCAGCAGCUCUACCUCCAGGGUCCUACGCUUCACUAGGUCGAGUGCGCUCUAGACGUCAGAGUGCUGGGAGUACCACCAGUGUAGCCAGUACGCCCUCUGACACCAGAGGCCGAAGCCGAGCUAAAGUAGUGUCUCAGUCCCAACCCGGAAGUAGAUCGAGUUCACCUGGAAAGCUUCUUGGUAGUGCAUAUUCCGGCAUGAGUAGUGGGCCGCAGAGAGUAUCUGUUGCACCUCAAGCAUCUGAGAAACGCAGCAAAAUCCCUCGCAGCCAGGGAUGCAGUAGGGAAGCCAGCCCCAACAGAUUGGGCUUGGAUCGAUAUGGGCUUGGACAAGCUGGUCGAUUGCCUCCUACAGUAAAUGCCAUGAGGGUUCUCAACACAAGCACAGAGGUGGAGGCUGCUGUUGCAGAUGCCUUGCUGUUAGGAGACUCCAGGACUAAGAAAAAACCCGUGAGAAGGCGAUAUGAGCCGUAUGGGAUGUACUCUGAUGACGAUGCGAACAGUGAUGCAUCUAGCGCUUGUUCAGAGCGGUCAUAUGGCUCCAGAAAUGGAGGCAUUCCACACUACCUGCGUCAAACAGAGGAUGUGGCUGAGGUCUUAAACCACUGUGCUAGUUCAAAUUGGUCUGAGAGAAAAGAGGGACUUGUCGGCCUUCAAAAUCUGUUGAAAAGUCAGAGGACAUUAAGCCGAGUUGAAUUGAAACGAUUGUGUGAGAUUUUCACUCGUAUGUUUGCAGAUCCUCAUAGCAAGAGAGUAUUCAGCAUGUUUUUGGAAACUUUAGUAGAUUUCAUCAUUAUCCACAAGGAAGACCUCCAGGAUUGGCUGUUUGUGCUCCUGACUCAGCUUUUAAAGAAGAUGGGUGCAGAUUUAUUAGGUUCUGUACAGGCCAAGGUUCAGAAGGCACUAGAUGUUACCAGAGAGUCCUUCCCAUUUGAUCAGCAAUUCAAUAUUCUUAUGCGUUUUAUAGUGGAUCAAACACAAACACCUAACCUCAAGGUUAAAGUUGCAAUCUUGAAAUACAUUGAGAGGCUGGCAAGGCAGAUGGACCCAGUCGAUUUUGUUAAUUCCAGUGAGACCCGUCUUGCUGUUUCCCGAAUCAUAACUUGGACAACCGAACCAAAGAGCUCUGAUGUGAGAAAGGCUGCGCAGGUCGUGCUGAUUUCUCUGUUUGAGCUGAACACUCCUGAGUUCACUAUGUUACUUGGUGCCUUGCCAAAAACAUUCCAAGAUGGUGCCACCAAGCUCCUUCACAAUCACUUGAAGAACUCUAGCAACACUAGUGUGAGUUCACCUAGCAACACAAUGGGACGCACACCUUCACGACACUCCAGCAGCCGAACAAGCCCCCUCACAUCUCCGACAAAUUGUUCGCAUGGUGGUCUCUCCCCAAGCAUGUUGGAUUAUGACACAGAAAACCUUAACUCCGAUGAAAUUUAUAGUUCUCUUCGUGGGGUCACACAAGCCAUCCAGAACUUCAGUUUCCGCAGUCAAGAGGAUUUAAAUGAACCAAUUAAACGCGAUGGAAAGAAAGACUGUGAUAGUGUAUCAAGGGAUGGAGGAAUUGCAUCGCCAUCCUCUGACAUCCGUGGAGGUGGUGAACCUGUAGAAGGAGGAAGAACUGCACUUGACAACAAAACAUCUUUACUUAACACUCCACCACCCCGGUCUUUCUCUGGACCUCGCACUAGAGAAUACAAUCCAUAUAACUAUUCAGAUACAAUCAAUGUGUUUGACAAGACAGCACUCAAAGAAGCUAUGUUUGAUGAUGAUAUGGAACAAUUCCGUGAUGUUCCCAUUGAUCAUUCAGAUUUGGUUGCUGACCUUCUGAAAGAACUAUCCAACCACAAUGAGCGAGUUGAAGAACGGAAGGCAGCGCUACUGGAACUUCUAAAAAUAACCAGGGAGGAUACUCUAGGGGUGUGGGAUGAGCACUUCAAGACUAUUCUGCUUUUGCUUCUAGAAACCCUAGGUGACAAAGAUCAUUCCAUUAGAGCAUUAGCCUUAAGAGUUCUACGGGAAAUUCUACGUAAUCAACCAGCAAGGUUUAAAAACUACGCAGAACUAACAAUUAUGAAAACACUAGAAGCACAUAAAGAUUCACAUAAAGAGGUGGUAAGAGCUGCUGAAGAAGCUGCUUCCACAUUGGCGAGCUCCAUUCAUCCUGAACAAUGUAUUAAAGUGCUCUGCCCCAUCAUCCAGACUGCUGACUACCCCAUCAAUCUAGCCGCCAUUAAGAUGCAAACAAAAGUGACAGAGCGGAUCUCCAAGGAGUCUCUGCAUCAGCUUCUUCCUGAUAUCAUCCCAGGAUUGCUUCAGGGUUAUGACAACACAGAAAGUAGUGUGCGUAAGGCAAGUGUGUUCUGUUUGGUGGCAAUUUAUUCUGUAAUUGGAGAAGAGCUAAAACCUUACCUUGCACAGCUCACAGGAAGUAAGAUGAAAUUAUUGAACUUAUACAUAAAAAGGGCCCAGACAACAAACAGCAACAGUAGCUCAUCGUCAGAUGUGUCAAGUCAUAGUUAACAGAUGGCAGUCAUGUUUCUUUAGACGGAUGAAGCCGUGCCUCUUCAGAGACCUAUCUGCUCAGAUUUUGAAAUCCAUGUGCCCUUGGAGUGAACAAUUGCUGCACAUCAGUGUUUGUUCUUAAGUAAUAUAUGCAGUUGCUUAGCUUUAAUCUUACAGCUGUUACUUGAUCAUAAUGUGAUGCCUGUUUAAUAUGUGACCAGAAUAAAAGAAGGCCUAUAGUGAGUCUUUGACAGUCCAGUGGUGACAUCAAGUGAAGCAGCGAGUGAAGGUUAAGUUAUUGUCAUCCUUAAACCUGAAGUAUGUGACGUACAUACAUGAGUAUUAUUCCACUUGAUGUAAUUUUAAGUAUUAUACAUAAAAUAUCUGCUGUUAAAUUACACCAGAAGUGACAUUUCCACACUUUUUCUUAGCAGCUACUGGUGUAGACAUGUCAAGUUCUUGCUCAGCCAAGUGAUAUCUCACUGGAUUGAACUAUUAUUACUGCAGAAGAUUGAAGCAACUUUUUACUACUGCUGCCAGUAUUUCACACUUCAGGUUUUAAAUUGCAACCAUCUCACAAUUGAAGAUUUGCAUGGAAGCACAAAAAAAGGCAUGAUUGUCCUUUUGUGGGAACUGUAAGACUGCAAUUUGGUGAAGACUAGCUACUGUAUUAUGGAACUUCUUUUCAAAACUAUUGUACUUUCUUCUUCUUUCUCACUAUUGGUUCCACUUCUCUUUCCUUCCCCAUCCCUGGAUAAUUGCUUCAUAUUAUUUGGAAAUGCAGGGGGAAGCUUGUUGUAUAUCCAUGCCUUUGAAAUGGGUGCUCCUAUCCUUGCCUUAGCAAGAACCAAGAAAAAUCAUCAAAUUAAUGCACCUGAGAUUAUAUCAGCCUGAAAAUGAAAUCCAAAUUUGUAGUUCUCUGUUUGAGAGUCCUAUUCAUCAGAGUUUUGGAAACACCCAUUCAUCUUGUAAUAGUAGGUUUUAUGUGAUGGAACGUAAAAACCACUGAAUUUCUACAUAUAAUUUAAGUCUAAUAUGUAAUUUAGUAGGUCUGUGUUCCCAUUCCUCUGAAAUGAGUUGGAGUGAAAUUGGGAAGAAAAGCUGAAAUGAUCAUGCAAAGUUUGUCGUUGUAGUUCAGUUUCCAUUCCAAGUUUGACUGCCUGAAAUAUGAUUUGUCACAUCAUGAUUUUAUAUUCUGCUGUGGUGGAAACAAAUCCAUAGGUUUGGUAUAAAUCACCAGUUAACAAUUAUUCGUGUAAUGAAUAUGCAAACUGUUCAAUAGUAAUACUUACCUCCUUAAAAACUUGAAUGCCAACAGCAUUCCCUAUCUGCUUCCUUCUAGUCACCAUUUUGGUUAUGAUUGUUCCAUCUGCAUAAACGUUUGUAUGUUCUGAUGCUGUUUUUUUUUAAUCCAGUCCUGUAUUUUGUGGAUUUUGCCACAGGAGGUUUCUUCUUCAGUUUUAUCACACUUUGGCAUCUCCCAGAAUGGUUUAUGCCAGUUGUGAAUCAAUUGUGGGAAGCUAUUCUUCUCCUCUAUUCAGUCAUGAAUUGUACUUUAAUUUUCCUUUCAUUCAGUAGCUUCUGAAUUCUAGCAUUUGAAGAAAGAAUGCCAAUCAAAAGAUUUUCAUCGUUCAAGCUGAAAUGUCAGAAGCAAAAUCCUUCUUAAAAGCAUAACUUUGUCUCUGUUGUACAACUUAAGUAUUGCUUGAAAAAAGAGCCAUGUUGCCAAAGCUGCUUGUCUUGCACUCAUGCCAAAUUAUCCUGUACUGUUGAAUGCAAGGUGAAAAGCUUUGCCAGUAUGUUUCUUUUUUUAAGCAAUAUUAAAGUUCUAAUGUGACCAAGCGACUGAAAGAGAACUCCUCAAGUUGAGUCAUCUAACAACAACAAAAGCUAUUGAGGGUUUGGAACAACCAAGCAUAGUCUUUUGUGGCAGUGUUUAUUUCUUGUUUGCUUUCUAGGUUGACAUUAGGUAAAUAUUUUUCUCUUUAAAUUAAACUUGGAGCAAAGAAAUGCCCACAUGGGGGCAGUGACUUAAUGGUAAUGUAUUGGAGGUAUGGGUCCAAAUUCUACCUUAGCAACUUAAUUCUUCCAUAGGAAGAGCUAGUGGCUGGCAGAGCCAAUAUUUGUUGUCCACCUCUAAUUGCCCUUGAGCUGAAUAAUUGGUACACUGUUUCAGAGAUGAGCUAAGAAUGAACCACAUUAUUGUGGACCAGGUGUCACAUGUAGGCCAGACUGGCUCAAGAUGGCACAUUUGCUUCCCGAACGAUAUUAGUGAGCCAUUUGGGAUUUUACAAUAAUAGUUGUCAUUAUUCAGAUAGCUUUGUAUUCUAGAUUUUAGAUUCCAUCAGCUGCUAUUGGGUAAUUUGAAUCAGUGAGCCCCAGGAGAAUAUCCUGCACCUCUGAAUUGUGCGUUGUGAUAUUACUAUGAUUUUGCCAUCUGAAAUAUAAAGCUAGCCUCAGUAAUAAUGACCAUCAGACAAUCAUUGGUUGUCAUAAAAACCUACCUUAUUCACGAAUGUCAAUUAGGAAAAGAAAUUUGCCAUCCUUGCCUUGUUUGCCUAAUAAUUGACUCCAGACUUGCAGCAAUGUAUUUGACCGUUAAUUGCCCUCUGAAAUGACAUAGCAAGUCACUCAGUUCAAGGGCACUUAGGGAUGGGUAACAAAUGCUGGUCUUACCAGCGACACUCACUUCCCAUGAAAAAUGAUGCUGUGGCCACCUCACCAGAUUGUAUGCUGGUUUCAUUUUAUUUUUAACUUGUAAAAAGGGUAUAGAAGAUUUAUUCGAAGAAAUGAAGUCCAAGGCAUUCCUGGUCCCAAGUAAUACUUAACCCAUUGGUUAGUUGGCUGUGUUAAAUUCCUACCAGUUAGGAUUGGCCAACAUCCUAUAGAAUACAUGGGAAAAUAAUCAGACAAUCAUACGAGUAACUAACCAAAACACUUGUGACUUGAACUUGCCUUCAAGAAAAUAAUGCAAUUAGUAGAGCUUUACUCAAAUCUAGAUCUCUGCAUGUGAUCUUUCUAUCUCCAUAAAUUGUAGAAUUGCUUUUUUAAUUCAAAUAAUUGUUAUCGCCCUCACAUUGUAACAUUGUUACUCUCCUCCAUUCCCUGAGUCCCAACUCUCCAACAUGUCUGACAUUUUGUUAUGGAUACCUCCUCAUGACUUUUGGGUAUAAAUGUGACACUUAAAUUAAUUGUAUUUUUUUAAACAUUUUCAUGUUAUUUUUGAGUUUUAAAUAUUCUGUUGAUGUUUGUUUUAGUUGAAAUUUUGGCUCCCUCCAAUCUCAAAUAAAUGCUUAAAACUUUUACAGUCUGAUCAUUUUUUUUGCUCCCCACUCGUAAGUGGAGCCCAUGUGAUUGCCCCCACCCCCUUCGAAAAAUAAACAUUUUGCUGAAUGCUUAUUCUAGGAGAAGAAAAACUAAAGUUGGCCACCUGGGGGAGCUGUUUGUAGGCUACAAGAAAUGUUAACCAGUUUGUCCAGUAUGUUGUCCUUAGUUACCUUGACAUGUUUUACUCUGAAGUAGAAGAUAAUUUUGAUUUUUAAAAAGAUCUUGACCCAACUUACAGGUGGGUGACCCAGGUACUAUCACUUGCCUUUCAUAUAUUUUAUGCGGCAUAAAUGUUAGCAGCAUUCGCUAAGGAAAAAGCAAAAGCAGAAACUCAAUGUUGUAAACUAAGUAUUAUAAAUAAUUAAUAAAUUUAGGUUUGACUAAAGUUAUCUGGCCCCAAAUUGACUAGUUUAUCCUUUCAUGAUCAACAUUGGAAAACUAUUGGAUAUUUUUAUGUGAAGUGUUCAUCAUGAUCCUUUUUAAUUGUUUAAUUGUUUAUUGUAUUUUAUGUUUGUGUACCAUUUAUAAGAAUUAAAUAAUCCAAACAUUUUUAGUUAUUUCUCUUGAAGUUAAAGACACACAUGUACUGUAAGACCCAACCAAUUGUUUCAUCUUUUCAUUUUACUUUUAUAAAAGUUUGAAAUGUGAAUGAGUUUUUUUGAACUCUCAGUGAGCUUAGCACAGUGGCUGACAUCGUCUCGGAUUCAAAAGUGAUCAGUGCACUAAAUACAUAGCUGGUGAAAAUAUUUUCCAUGAUUGUUCUCAACUUUGUGACUUUUAUGCCUUCAAAUUGUGGAGUUUUGUAUUCUAUUCUUUACAAUGCAAUUAAUUUUUCAAGACUACUUUAAUUAUAUGGCUGGUGUACAAAAUUAAGAAUACCCUCUUGCGCACUAGUAAUAUAACAAAGCUUUGUAUUAAAUGCACACUCCUCCUGGAUUUAGGUGAUAUUUGUUAAAUUCAUGCCUGCACUGUUGGGACCAAAAACCCCAAUUGGAGGAGAAAUUCUGGAGCAGUUGUGCUCCUGCAUCUUUUUAUUUUUAAGAUUAGUAUGUUUAAUGAAUCAUGUUUCAAAAUGUGGCUUUUAAGAAGGCAUGAAUUGUCUAAUGCUGUGGUGACUGACUGUCCAGGACAUGGCAGUGCUCAACAUUGGCAGAUUUUGAUUUGAAAAUAAAUACCCUUCAUAGCAAAUGGAUUUUUCAGCUGUACCUCAAAAUCACAACGAUAUUCAGUAUCCAUGUUGUUGAAUAUGGUUUAGGCAUGUUAGCUUUCAAAAAUACGUAAUAUCUCGAUUUUAAGGUAUAUACAUUAUUGCAAUGUUGAUAAUGCCAUUUUAAACUGUAUAUACAGUGAUUAAAGGAUAAUUAAGCAAUCUGAAGCUGACUCUAUACUUCAAGUAUGUUUAGUUGUUGCAUGCUAUGCUCUUCCCCUUCUCUUUCUCAUGUUUCCUCAUACCCCUGUCUCCUCAACACCACCCCUCACCCCUGUCAAAGUUUCCCUGCUACAAAUCCUCUGAAUUCAUUCAGCUAGAAAUAACAUGUGACAACAAUGGGCCUUCUUUUAUUCCUUGCAACUUUUGUGCUAUAGGCAGGUAAAUGAUUGGAUGUGUGAUUUCUUUUGUUUCUGUGAAGAGGAAAGGUUUGCUGCUGUUGUAAUUUUCUUGAACUAUUGGAUGUAUAGGAAAGGACCUCACCUAGUUUUCAAAAUGGGUGCUUUCCAGAAAUAUCUAAUACAAUCUACUCUGCCAUGUUUGAGUAAUGAACGAAAAGUUCUCUAUUGUUUUGCUAGAACUGACUGAAAUUUCACACCUCGAAGGUCAGCCUGCAUGUUGCAGCAGUGUCGCCUUUGCCAUUCAUCCAUCGGCUGCACGAAUGGUCUAGGCAUGGACGACCGAAAUUAUACAAUCCUGGUGUUUUUACUUGUUUAGUCCUAUGGUGGUGUUCUGUUUUGAGGCAUGUGGCUUUUUUAAAGGUACACUAUGUGUGCUCGCCUUGAACUUAAACUAACUGCAGAAACAAAACUGAUGCCAAGAGUUUUUUUUGUCAUCUGUUUUAUGAUAGCAUACUAACUUAACAGCUUACAGGGACUGUGGAUAAGUAAUGUACAUCACUGGCACAAGAAUGCCCUUCCCUUGAUAUAUAAUCAAGCUUACUGUUUAAUGAGGGAUGGAAGCCAAGUUUUUUAGACUUUACCAGAACUUUGCUAAACUAGUUUAAAAUGAAAACAUUGGAGACACAUCAAUCAUCAGAAUGGUUCCUAGCAGAGUGUUCAUUGUGCAUGUACCUUUUUUCUUGCUUUUGUCAUAUAAUAUCCAUAUCGGUAUUUAUAUUAUUUGUUUCAUCUGUGUGUAUUCUGGCAACUGUACAGAUAACUACAUGGGUUUUGUUAACUUUCACCUGUUGAUAGAAUUUGCUAAAGAAAAGCAACAAAGUAAGACUUUUAAGUUUGCUGUAGAAUAAAACCCUACAUGAAGAGUUUGACAACUGUUAAGCCUUUUCAUUUGUUCAUGAAAAAUGCACCUUGAAAUCGAUAUUUCUUCUAGGCACUUGUACAGGGAAUAAAGAAUAAAGAUUCAAAGGAGAUUUUGAAGAAUUCAGUUUCUUUGAGGAAUACCUCAGUCUU